AAAAAAGACAAGUGAAUCAUAACCUUAGGUUUACAUUAAUACUAAACUUACUAUACUUAAGUUUUGAUUUUAGAGGCCUUUUAGGGGAAAUUUCCAUAUCAUAUUAGAAAUGGUAGGUGGGUCAAUACAGAAUCAAAACUACACUUGCACAAAUUUGUAAUUGAAAGGGUUUAACACCAGUAAUAGUUAUGGUUACAAAAUAUAUGUAUCUUUAUAAAACAUGUAGCGUUAACUGUACCCAGAAUUUUCCCUGAGAGAUGGAGAAACAGAGGGUGUAGAGAAAUGUCACAGAGACAACUCUCUUUAAGUACACUUGCACUUGUAAUAAUGAUUUCGCUUAUUAUCCUUAGGUUUUAAUAUAUAUUAUUUGACUUUAAAAAUGUACUUAUUUCCAUGUGGUGAUGAACAUAGGCUACCAGAGCGAAUAUAUAUGUAGGCUAGCUACUUACACUUCAUUGCAAUUUUAACUGCAGUGUGUUAUUUAAUAGAAAUCAAUCAUUAGAAAUGACACUAAAGCAUUUUUUGGUAUAACAUAAAUGCUGGUCAUUAUUCAUCAGUACGCUUUACCUUAUUUGGGCUGUUAUUUUAAUGGCAACGGGAAUAAUUAUGAAAUUACAUAAUAUAUUAAUAGCCAGGGGGAAUUUAAACUUUUAAUUUUGAACAGAAUAGUAGGUGUUAUUAUGUAUCAUGGUUUAUCGAAAUGAACUGUUCAAAAGAACCGAUUCGCAGAAACGAGUCGUACUUUCCAUCAGCACAACCAAAGCCUGUAGGCAUCUAGUGUUAAAAACGGUAAUGUUUGUCGUUUAACGGACCAUUCACAAUAUAAUAAAUAGUUUGAAUGAGCGAUUUUGGAGAAAACAACAUCAAGUAUCUUGGAAAAGAAGUUGGCACGGUAACCCGGAUGUAAACAAAAUCACGUGGCGGUGCUUCGCACGUGUGGAAGAAAGAUUUACAGUGUUUAUCCAAAAUUAACAGCGUUUACAAACAUGUUUGCUGAAGAGGAGUGGACUGAUUCUCCAUUUCCAGAUGGAUCAUCUCACACUGUUAAAACGUCUCCUGCCCCUGGCAAGGAUAAGUUUGUGGGUAAGCGAAGUCUGUUGAAAACCUUGCAAACAUUGGGUUCAGUUCCAGACUGGGACACUGGGAAUGUUUGCGAGGAUAGUGACGAGGAGAAAGACGCCUCCACUACAGUUAAGGCACCAAAAAAGAAAAGGUGCAAAAAGCGUAAAAGAACGUCUAAUGCUGCAAAUGAAGGGAAGCAGCAGGAUAAAGUAGAUUCAUCUGAACCGCCUGUGAAGAAGAAGACAGCAAAGAAGACCGCAAAUGAAACAAGUUCUAAGGUGUCGCAAGAGUCCAGAAAAGAGACGAAUGAUAAAGGAGUCGGACCUCAGUUGGAUAAAAAGGAAGGUCAAGCAGAGAACGAGCUUAGCAGAAAGCAGUGGAGGAACAAGAUGAAAAAUAUCUUCCAGAAACAAAAACAAAUAUCUACCAAAAACAACAACCAAUAUCUAAAAAAAAACAAACCAAUAUUAAAAAAAAAACAUGUCAAAGAAUCCAAGAAAGUGAAGAAGCAUGACAGGGCAUCCAAAAAAGCAAUGAAGUUUCAUGAAAAGAAUGGUAUUUCUUCAAUUUCAGACAAUGCUCAAAAUUGCAAAGACUCUAAAACAGAUGACACAUCCAGCACAGGAGCUAGAAUAGUAGAUGUCUCCCUAAGUAACAAUAAAGGCACACAUAAAGGGAAACCUUCUAAAAUGAUGAAAAAUUCGCAGGCAGAAAAACUGCGUCGGAUUUUAAAGUCACAGCUUCCUGAUGAUGGCAAUAAAGCCUCAGAGGAACCACAAGAACCAAAAGGUACAACAGUAAGUUUGAAGGGUGAUGAAGAGAAAGGGGCUCCUGACCCCUCGACUGCUUUAAGGACAAAGAUGGAGAAGCAGUUAGAAGCCGCUCGAUUCCGCUACAUCAACGAGCUGCUUUACACGUCCACCAGCGGUGAGGCCAAACGCAUGUUUCAACAGGACCCACAGGCCAUUGCAGUUUACCACAAGGGCUACACAACACAAGUUCAACACUGGCCUACAAACCCUGUGGAUUCAAUCAUUUCAUAUAUUUGUAAAAAGCCAGCUUCUUUAGUUGUCGCAGACUUCGGCUGUGGAGACUGUAAAAUUGCACGGAGUGUAAAAAAUAAAGUGCACUCUUUUGAUUUGGCUCCGGUUUGUGAUCUUGUCACUGCAUGUGAUAUGGCAAAAGUGCCACUUCGUGACUCUACAGUAGAUAUUGCUGUUUUCUGUCUUUCUCUGAUGGGGACUAAUCUGGGAGAAUUUUUGGCAGAAGCAAACAGAGUCCUGGUGAUGGAGGGUGUUCUUAAAAUAGCUGAAGUGGCCAGUAGAUUUGAAAAUGUGCGUUUGUUCAUUGGUGCAUUGUCAAGUCUGGGCUUCAAGCUAGUCAAUAAGGACACAGAAAACAGCCACUUCUACUCAUUUGAAUUCAUAAAGACAGGAAAAGCACCUGUAAACGUGAAGAAAGUCGGGCUUCAACUUAAACCUUGUCUGUACAAGAAACGAUAAAUAUACACAAAGUAAAUAUCUUGCUGCUUCGUGUAUGGACUGUGUAUGAAAAGUUUAUCAGCGGAAAUUCAGUUUCAAGGGUCAACUCUCCCCUUAACAUUGUAUGUUUUGUAAAUCAGUGUAACAGGAAAGUACAUUUUAUAAAAAAAAAGAAAAUAAUUUCAUGUGAUAUUCAAGGAAUUUGUGAAAACUAUUUGUCAUAUAUUGUCUUAUGAUUGGAUUAGUUUUUACCUGAUAAACAAACAAGACUCGAAAA